GAAUGCUGUAGACCGGAGUUCCUUCUGUAGACAGUAAGCGUGAGAAACAGCGUCACGGCACAUGUUCUGACGGUGUCACCGGCGCGAGUGGCUUCUUCUGACUUGAGCCUGCAGUGUGCUUUAAGAGAUCCUCCGUCAGAUCAUCUCAGCUUUGGUCCCUUGGAACCACCCACCGGAGAUACUCAUAAAUCGCAGGGCCACACAGCUGCUGGUGAGAUCUGCUGGGAUAGCUGCGGAGGCUCUCGGGUCCCAGGCGCUGCGCCACCGCAUAGCCUGAAUUCUUGCUGCCAAGAUGGGGAAACAGAACAGCAAGCUGCGCCCAGAGGUCAUGCAGGACUUGCUGGAAAGCACAGACUUCACGGAGCACGAGAUCCAGGAAUGGUACAAAGGCUUCUUGAGAGACUGCCCCAGUGGACAUUUGUCAAUGGAGGAGUUUAAGAAAAUUUACGGGAACUUUUUCCCUUACGGGGAUGCUUCCAAAUUUGCAGAGCACGUUUUCCGCACCUUUGAUGCUAACGGAGAUGGGACAAUAGACUUUAGAGAAUUUAUCAUAGCCCUGAGUGUGACAUCGAGGGGGAAGCUGGAGCAGAAGCUGAAAUGGGCCUUCAGCAUGUAUGACCUGGACGGGAAUGGCUACAUCAGCAAGGCAGAGAUGCUGGAGAUCGUGCAGGCAAUCUAUAAGAUGGUUUCCUCCGUAAUGAAAAUGCCUGAAGAUGAGUCAACCCCAGAGAAGAGGACAGAAAAGAUCUUCCGCCAGAUGGACACCAACAGAGACGGAAAACUCUCCCUGGAAGAAUUCAUCCGAGGGGCCAAGAGCGACCCGUCCAUAGUGCGCCUCCUGCAGUGCGACCCCAGCAGCGCCGGCCAGUUCUGAGCCCGGCGUCCCACGAACGGUAGAGCUGCUUGUGUUCCCUUCGGAAUUUUUUUUCCAACUUUUUUUUUUUGCCAAACAAUAUUGACGGUGAUGCUGUUCCCCGUGUGGUCGGAUGCACCUUUCUCCAUGCCGCCUUCAGCUUCUUUUGUCAUGGACGCUUCGUGGGAGUGUCUGCAGCCCCCGCUCGCUUGUGGAGAGCAUGGACAGUGCUGUCACGCACAGACUUUGUGGUGUUCGUUGUUCUGAAGAUGUUUCAUUGUUAUUAUUUUCCCUUUGAUUCGAGAGUCUGUGUUCUAAAAGUGAAGACUCGGGGGAGGCAAGCCAAGGGAAAACCAAUCCAGUCCAGUGAUUCUAGUGCAAGCUUGAGGGGCUUGUUUGAAAAACAAAACUCCCCACCUGGGUCUGGAGUCACGCAUGCCCUAGGGAAGAUGCUGGAUUCCCCAGGGAUGAAGAAUCCUCUGGGGCCAGGCUCUUAAAGGGACCUGGGGGAUCCCCCUAGAGGCCCACCCCACUCUCUCCCCAGCAGGCUGUAGUUUCUAAGCUGUGAACAUUUUAAGGUCAAUUAAUAGAGGAAAAAGACGGCUCAGCCAUUUCUUCCCAGGUUUACACUAGUUGAGCUAAGAUGAGUGUCUUUGGAAAUUAAAAGCAAAUGGUAACUUCUAUUCCCAAACCAGAUCCAUCUUGUUGCCUACUAUUGUGGUUUAAAAAAAAAAGAUUGUUGUAUAUAAAAUAUUGGGUAUUGCUGACCAAAUUAAGUGUUUUGCCUUGUUUAAAUGAAAUGCAUGUUUAGUGAGCACUAAUACAAUCUUAUUACAGAAGACUGCAGUAGCUUAUUGUGAAGUAAGCCAAUUAUAAAGAAUGUCUAUGUCUUGUUUUCAGGUCAUAUCCGUCUUUGCACAAAUGCACCAAUCAACA